AUUCACUCCUAUCUCCUUCCUAUUCAGAAGUCCACGCAUACCCAUGUACCCUUCACCUCAACCACACAGGCCAUCGGCCAUGGCGUCACAAGGAGGCCUCACCCGCUACUGUUCUGCACCAGGUUCUCUCUUAACCAACGCCGUCAAUUCAGUCAUCGGCGGCAGUGGUGAACAAGAAUUCUCUGCCGUGGGAUCGGAAUCCAUGAUGGGUCGAUUCUUCAACGCCGAUUUGUCGUCUUUAACGUCAGAAUCAAGCUGCAAAGCCAACGUUUCUCCUGAUCUCAAUGAAGCUUAUCGAGGACAUGGGAACGGAAGGGUUGGUGGCGCCACCAGUUCCUCCGCUGGUCUAGAUAGGUCCUACGGAUUUAACGAGAUAGCCGUUGGAGAUUUCGCAACAUCUAGCUUCAGAGGUGGUGGUGCUGUUGGUGCUGUGGCCUCCGGAGGUGGCGGUGGUUGCGGCAGCGGUGGACCCUCGUCUCUGAUUAGACAUAGUAGCUCUCCCGCCGGGUUCCUCAACCAUCUCUUGGUUGAUAAUAACGGUUUUUCUGUUACAAGGGGAAUUGGAAGCUAUAGCACCCAGAAUAAUGGUGGAUUAAAGUCUCAAUUAAGCUUCACAAGUAGGCAAGAUUCUCUUUCUCAAAUUUCUGAGGUCAGUGAGAGUGCCGUCGGUGGUUGCAGCUCUGGGUCAAGCAGUUUUCCGGUUGGAUCGUGGGAUGAUACAAAUUCAAUAUUUUUUUCGAAUCCAUCGAACAAACGAUCUAAAAUCGUCAACGGCGACAUUGUCACUGGUCUUGAUGGUUUAGAUACUCAGUUUAACUUAACUAGAUCGUCAUUAGAGAUGGCCAGUGUAGAGAAGUACUUGCAUAUGAAUCAAGAUCCUGUCCCAUGCAAAAUCCGUGCUAAGCGUGGUUGUGCAACUCACCCACGAAGUAUUGCAGAGAGGGAGAGGAGGACAAGAAUAAGUGAGAAAUUGAAGAAACUGCAAGAGCUUGUACCAAACAUGGACAAGCAAACAAAUACGGCAGACAUGUUGGAUUUGGCAGUGCAACAUAUCAAAUGCCUCCAGGGCCAAGUGCAGAAGCUCAACAAAAAUAUUGAAAAAUGCACAUGUGGAUGCAAGCAAGAAAAGUAACAUUUUCU